CGGCGCUGCGCACUGAUUGGCUGCAGAGAGGGGCGUGCGGCGGAGCACAGAGAUGGCAGCGGUGACCAGAGGCUCUCUCGGCGCGUUCAGGCGGCUGCUGCUGAGUCAGCAGAGCCGCAGAUCUUUCCAGCUGCAGAGCUUCAGAUGUGACAGGACUCUGCAGCCAAUAACCUUCAGAUGUGACAGGAAGCUCCAGGUGUUCAGCUGCAGAGGGCUGCAUGUCGCUGUGGUGAAUCAAGGACCUAUCGUGCAGUUCAAACUGUCUGACAUCGGUGAGGGAAUCAUGGAGGUGACCGUCAAGGAGUGGUACGUAAAGGAAGGAGACAAAGUUUCUCAGUUUGACAGCAUCUGUGAGGUUCAGAGCGACAAGGCAUCGGUCACCAUUACCAGCCGCUAUGAUGGGGUCAUCAAAAAGCUCUACUACGAUGUAGAUGCCACGGCCUUUGUGGGAAAACCGCUGGUGGAUAUCGAAACAGAGUCUGGCUCAGAGGUGAUCCAGGAGGAGGACGUGGUAGAGACGCCCGCCAUGGCUCAAGAAGAACACACCCACCAGGAGAUCAAAGGUCACAAGACGCAGGCCACGCCUGCAGUUAGACGCCUCGCCAUCGAGAACAAUAUAAAGCUCAGUGAGGUGGUGGGGACUGGCAAAGAUGGUCGGAUCCUGAAGGAGGACAUCCUGAACUUCCUGGCGAAGCAAACAGGAGCCAUCUUGCCUCCAACACCUUUCCAGGAGAUUCAGACUCCGCCCCCGGCUCCUGCUGCUGCCAAGCCUGUGAGCACUAAGGCGGCUGUGAAACCUCCACCCGCUACUCCUAAACCUGUCUUCACUGGCAAGGACGUGACGGAGCCCCUCAAAGGUUUCCAGAAAGCGAUGGUGAAGACGAUGACUGUGGCGCUGAAGAUUCCUCACUUCGGUUACUGUGACGAGGUUGAUCUGAGUCGCCUGGUGGCUUUGAGGUCAGAGCUGAAACCUCUCGCCGAGAGUCGUGGUGUCAGACUGAGCUACAUGCCCUUCUUCAUCAAGGCUGCCUCCCUCGGUCUCCACCACUUCCCAAUCCUCAAUGCCUCGGUGGAUGAGGACUGCCAGAACAUCACCUACAAGGCGGCCCACAACAUCGGCCUGGCAAUGGACACAAGUCAGGGUCUGCUGGUUCCCAACGUGAAGAAUGUCCAGCUGCUCAGCGUGUUAGAGAUUGCCCUUGAGUUGAACCGCCUGCAGGUACUCGGAGCAUCGGGUCAGCUGGGCACUGCCGACCUGAUGGGGGGCACUUUCACGCUGUCCAACAUUGGAUCUAUCGGAGGCACAUACGCCAAGCCUGUGAUCCUCCCACCCGAGGUCGCCAUCGGCGCGCUAGGAAAGAUCCAGGUGCUGCCGAGGUUCGACGCUGCCGGUCAGGUGGUCCCAGCUCACAUCAUGAAGGUCAGCUGGUCAGCGGAUCACCGCAUUAUCGACGGCGCCACCAUGUGUCGCUUCUCCAACCUGUGGAGGGAGUACCUAGAGAACCCGGCCAGCAUGGUGCUGGACCUCAAAUAAACAGUUUCCCAAUCAGCCCCGGGGAGGGCGGGACACCACGCUAACAGACCUCGCUGCUCCGCCUCCUUCUCCUCUCCCUGCCUUCACUUCCUGUUUCUGUCUGAGGCCUUAAUGCCAACUGUCAUUUCCUUGUUGCCUUUAAGCAAGGCACUGUGAGGAGAGGAGAAGGGGUCAGCCUAUCAGAGGGCACACAAACACACAGUGUGAACUGGGGUCAUGAUUGUGGGUUCUGCAGGUCCAGUCUGGUGGAAAUGACCAGAAACAGGAAGUGAGUUCCUGUCGAGUUCCUGUUCCUGCACUGGAGCCUCAGGAAAUAAAUCGAGACAAUUUGCCUUUUUUAAAAUUAAUGCAGGCUACUGCGUUUUAAUGCAUUAAAAUCACAGACUGUAUAUAAAAGAUGGCUACCAUGCUAUCACCCAGCAGUUGGUGACACCUUAAAUUGGGUUUUUAACAAAUGCUCAACAAAUGACAAGGGCAGAGCCUUAUACCACGUGCAUCAGCUGUGGUGUGAUGCUAAAAUUAGCAGAGAAAAAACAGCGGAGAGAAUGCAGGUUUAAAUUCUCUGUCCAUCUUUUAUAUACAGUCAAAUGCUGCAGAGCAGUUGUUGUCAGGUGUCCAGGUGAGAUGCUCAAGUCUGAGAUGAGCUGGAAGAUGAGGGGAAACACCUGUAGCUGCACAGUGAGCGUGUCAGAUGGUUUCACUCAGAGUUGAGAGCAGAUUUAAAUAAACUCAUGUGAUCGUGAUGUCAUCCACAGAAUCUCACCUGCAGACACCUGAUGUCCUGUCACUGUUAAAUAAUAAUAUUCAUUUUCACUCUGUCUGAAUUUCCUCCGCCAAGGCCCAGUUUUAACACGGGCUGUUCCAUCUUGCCCACACGAAGCCCGACCCACCGGGUUCAGGUUAAACCUGCAGACUGCGUCCGCACGUACGCUUACCCUCAGAGGAGGUGACUCGAUGGUUUGUAGCUGCCCUGAAACUCUAAAAUCCUGAGCAUUAAACUCCACAUAUUCAUGUACUGUGAAGUCAUGUGACCAAGCGUGAUCGAAGCAAACGUUGCUGGAUCGGAUCGUGCUCGUGUCAGUUGGAUCAGUCAGGCAAACUCAUUGUCGGUCGGAUGGUGAUGGCAGUUUUCUCUGCUGCUGAGCAAUCAGUGGUGUGCUCACAUCAUCGCGGCGGUUUGUGAGUAGAGCCUUGGUGUUUUUAGUUCAUUUUGUCAAUCUGGUUCUGUUUGAUUAUAAAAUCCUCCUCACAGUCCCGCUCAUGAGCCUUGACCACGUUUGAAUUGUGACCAAUGCAGGAAACUGUUGGUAUCAUGCCAGCGCACCAGUGGGAAUGACAGUUAUUGUCAGUGUGGAGGGGGGGUUUGUGUCCUUGGUCUGACACCAUUAACCCUCUGAAGCUGCUGCUGUGGAGUUCUUCCUGUUGACCUGACUCCGUUAUUUUUGCUCGUCGUAUUUAUUAGUGACUGUUACUGCAGACCGCACUGAGAGUCUGCCAGCUGUUAAACUCCAUCUUCUCAGCAUCUGGAGCAUGGACACGGCAAAUAAUCUGAGAUUAGAGUUGAAAUUAAGGAUUAUGGUUCGUUUUAAAUGUAAAUGGUGUUAUGUGGGAUUUUCUUUCCCCUCCUCCUGCACAGCUUCACACUGCACUGGAUCUUUUAUUUCGGGAAUUUCUUUGUGCUUUCAAAAAUAGUAAGAAUUUCUUUUGUUAUAUCAGGUUUAUAAAGCUGAAUUAGGUUAAAUUCUCUUGGUAACGCCAGUCUGGACCUUCAUUAUGUGUCUCGGGCAGAAGUGCGCCGACUCUGGACAUCAGAGCAGGAAGCUGGUUUCAAUUAAACCUCGGCUAUAACCUGAUAACUAUAUCUGAGGUGAUGGAGCCAUGAUGUAGCGCUGCAGAGCUGUUGGUCGGUCCUCCUGGACUUCCUCGCUGUCCUGGUGGCUGCUGGGUACAGAGCACGGUGUCGGGUUAUGUUGGUGUCACGUCGUCUUCUUUUUGUUAGCGUCGUCGGUUUUAGCGACAGAUGAAAUGUAAACGUGUAAAAAGUGUUUUGUAUGUUUGGGAGUGGGUCGGAUUCAAAAUGUGUGAAACUCAAUAAAACCUCUGAAUACAGCUGAA